GCCGCUGGGCGCUCGCAGGCUCGCAGGCUCGCACGCUAGGAGCGCGCCGCUCUCGAGAGGACCCGGCCGCCGCGCCAAACCCCGCCGCCGGCUCGUCUCUGCGUGCGAGCCAUGGCCGGCCUCGGCCACCCCUCCGCCUUCGGCCGGGCCACCCACGCCGUGGUGCGGGCGCCGCCCGAGUCCCUGUGCCGCCACGCGCUGAGGCGCUCCCAGGGUGAAGAGGUGGAUUUCGCCCGCGCCGAGCGCCAGCACCAGCUCUACGUGGGCGUGCUGGGCAGCAAGCUGGGGCUGCAGGUGGUGCAGCUGCCGGCCGACGAGAGCCUGCCCGACUGCGUGUUCGUGGAGGACGUGGCCGUGGUGUGCGAGGAGACCGCCCUCAUCACCCGCCCCGGGGCGCCCAGCCGCAGGAAGGAGGUUGACAUGAUGAAAGAGGCGUUGGAAAAACUUCAGCUCAACAUAGUAGAGAUGAAAGACGAAAACGCAACCUUAGAUGGUGGUGAUGUCUUGUUCACAGGCAGAGAAUUUUUUGUGGGCCUUUCCAAAAGGACAAAUCAACGAGGCGCUGAAAUCUUGGCUGAUACUUUUAAGGACUACGCCGUCUCCACGGUCCCUGUGGCUGAUUCUUUGCAUCUGAAGAGUUUCUGCAGCAUGGCUGGGCCCAACCUGAUUGCAAUAGGGUCCAGUGAACCUGCGCAGAAGGCCCUCAAGAUCAUGCAACAAAUGAGUGACCAUCGCUAUGACAAGCUCACUGUGCCUGACGACAUGGCCGCCAACUGUAUAUAUCUAAAUAUCCCUAACAAAGGGCACGUCUUACUGCACCGAACCCCAGAAGAAUACCCAGAAAGUGCAAAGGUGUAUGAGAAGCUGAAGGACCAUCUGCUGAUCCCUGUGAGCAAUUCGGAAAUGGAAAAGGUGGACGGUUUGCUCACCUGCUCUUCCGUUUUUAUUAACAAGAAGACAGACUCCUGAGCCACAGAGCCGCUCCCCGGUGGCCAGCAAGGUGGCCCAGGCCAGGCUGAAGACUCUGUCCCUCUCCUCUUGUUUCCUUGACAAUCUCCUGUGCCACUGUGCUACUAACUCUUGUUUACAGACAACAAAAUUAAUUCCGAUUUUAACUGCUUCAUUUUCCACACCCUCCUUCACCUCACGGUGGUACCUAACCUGUGGAUUACUAAAUGAAUUAAGCAACCUAGAAAAUCCAGAACUAACGACUUUUUGAAAUGUGAUUAAUAGUGUGGAAACACUCAGUUCGGUGUUUGUGUUAUUAGUGCGGAAAUAGUUUAGUUGCAGGUAUCCUAAACACUAUCUUCCUGAUCAGCAAGAUGAGCAAGGGCCUUUUUUUCUUCCCCGUAUCAUGAAUCACAUUUGGUUCCUGUGAAAUUCCCUGGCCCAUAGAUUUUCCCAUUCCCCUCUCUUCUAAACUUUAAAAACCCUUUCUUCCAGGGCCUUUCUUUGGCUUUCCCCCUUCUUCCACAGUCACCUUGACCUUGGACUUACCCAAGGUCUUGCUUUCAUUCUGGCUACCGUCCUGAAGGGCCACCCCAUGUGCACUGUGCACUCCUUCCCCUCUGCCACAUGGCCACAUUUCCUAGCACCACCAGCCCUCCCUUCCCCUAGAGAAGCACAGUGCGUCCUCAGCAGAACUGUGGCCAAAAGCAGAGCGGCUGGUUGGGGAAUGGGAACCUCACAGAGACACAUCCUGACAGGGUUUGCACCGACCAGAAUGCUCUAAGAGACAGUUACCACACCUAGGGAGGUAAAUUCAGCCGCAAGUGGUUGGUAUGGGUUGUUAGAUCAAGAAGCCUGGAAAAACCCCGAGGGCACAUCUUAGAAAGACUGAGUCACAUGCUGUGAAUUUGCCUCAUGACUGGUUCUAUAGGAGCAUGGAGGAAAGUCUUUCUCUACCCCACCCCACCCCCCUUUUCAGCUUCUUUCUGACUCACCUUGUAUCUACCCCCUUAGAAUCAUCAUGAUCUUGAAAAGUCAUUUCCUUCAAAAGAGGCAUGGCAUCUGAAAUGAUUGUUGAUGGUCUAUUAAGAGUCAGAGGGAGCUGCCUCCACCCAUGGUCUAGGAGCACAAUCAGGAAAUGGUUCCUAAAGUCAACCUCAAACAAUGUAUUAGUCUCCUUUGAAAUAUCCAUGAAUGUUUACUGUGGAAUUUGGCUGAACGUUCUUUCCUCUCUAGCCUUCAAAUUACACAACUUUCAGCUCUUAUAAGGCUGAAACGGGUCUCUUACAAAGAACAAUGUCACACCAAAGGAAGAGAGCAUUCCUUUCCUUAACAUUGGAAGAAUCAGGCCAGGAGUAUGGUACUUUACAAGGAACGGCGAUGACCCAACCAGGCACAUCAUCAAACUUCUGGUCACUUCUACCUUGACCAUGUAGCCUAAGUUUGUCAUUCAGUAUGCAAAGCUGGGAAGACAAAGAAAGACCACUUCAGAGCUCUCUCUCUUCUCCUCUCUUUGUGAUCAGUGUUCUUAUCUUGAUGAGCAACAGAGAAUUGCCUUUACUGCAUUCCCCCUCAGCAGAUGGAAGUGAGUGACCCCUGUGAAAAUCAAGACAUCAUUCACCACUCAUUUAUUUCUCUUUUACAUUUAUUAGACAACUUUCUGAAGACGUCUGUUCCAUCUCUUCCUUGUUGCCUAACUUUACACUGAUAUCACAUGCAAAUAUCUAAGUACAUCCUGUGAAUGAACCAUAUCUUGGUCACUGUCGUAUUUCAAAACAUCUCAUCAUGGGUGAAUAAUAUGUUUUUUCCAGGGUGGAUGAAUAUGAACCAUGUGCCCGAGUUAAUAAAGAAAAAUUCUUCUCAGCAAUUAUGGUUGCCUCUUGGGGUUAAAUUUGGCUCUACACUGGCAAAAAGCAGAGAUUCUCUCUGUGAGAGGUGACCAUCUCAAAACCAACCACAGGAAACCAACUGGCUGAGCCAGUGUGUGAGCUGACCUAACCCACUUGUGACUGUCACGAGCAUUCUGUCUGUCAUCCUGGUUACAGAACGUUCAGUUGUGUAGUCAGUCACAAGUGAAUAGGUUUUCACUGGGACGGUUUCUUCUACCAAAGGUGGUUUUCCAUUCCCCUUUCGUUGGCUUCCCUCUUUCCUUGUCCGUCUUGAGAAAUCGUUCAGAAGUGAUACCUCUUCCCCAUCAGUCUGCUCUGCUCCAUCACAAAUUGGGCUGGCUACUUUGGACUCCCCGUGUGUACAAUGACAAGAAAAUUCAAAAUACUUGCAGCACAGUAGCUUUGCUUCUUUGAUGUUCUCCUCAGUGUGACGUUAUCUCUGAAGAGGAAAGACGCCAUUACCCAAGUUCCCCUCUUGUCCAUUGUGGCUUACAAAGAUGGAAACACUAACAAAAAUGCUUUUUGACAUUAUAGAGACAUGAGGAAUUAUAUUUAAGUAAGUAUAAGUUGAGUUAGAAUUAUUGAGUCAGUAUGAUUUGGUUUAAUGAGAAGAUGUAGAAGGAACCUAUUAUUUGGCACUACGUCUUUAACUGUGAUGGGUUGCUCUAGGAAUCCGUGGCAGAUCUCUCUACAGUGUGUUAAUUGCUCUUAAAUGCUACUAGGAACCAAUUACUAAGGCCAUCUCUCAGAAGGGAAAAUAAAAUAGUCUACUUUAACAGUGUGGCUAAUGUAGGGUUGCAUGUCAGUCUUUGUAAUUAUUCGCUCUUUAACAUGCUACAGAAUCCAGAUUUCCAUGGGGUGUGACGUCUGUGCUUUUUAUCUUCUUGCUUGUCAUCUUCUGGGCAAUGUUGGUUUUCCAGUCUGUGUGCCAAAGCUAGCCAUGCCUCCCACAACCCAUUAGUCCAGGGGAGUUGUGCACCAAUACUAGUUUCCUGCUGCCCACUCCUAAUGUAUACCAGUCACGACAGAAUAAAGUGUGAGUUGUGCUGUG